AUGAAUUUGAGAAAGAUCACCGAUAUUAAUAUUGCAAAAUACACUGAAGAUAAUUGGGAAUCUUUCAGACACGAAUCAGAACCUUAUGCUAAAAGAGAUACGUUAUGUCUUGGAGCUUGUUUGAUAAAAUAUAACAAAGUUAUGAAAGAAGUUGUAUUCCAGAACAUUUCCCAUGAUCAAACGGCUCCUUCUUUAUCUUUAAAGGAUGUUUUAACAUCGGUCGAUCAAGUUGGUGGACGAAUUAUUAAAAUAUUAGAUGGUAUAGUAUACGAAGAAAAUUUUAAAACUCCACCCUAUAGAGAUUAUAUUUCAAUUUUGAGAGAUCUAAGAAAUAAAUAUAAACGAGAAGGUAAUAUCGUGGGUAGUAAUUGCAUGAAAUUAUUAGGUAAUUCCUUGUAUUGUAAAUCUAUUCAGAAGGAUAUAACUGCAUCGAGACAUUUAUGGAGUGAAGCAACUUUAAAAACCAACUUCGAUUCACAUGUCAAAAACUAUCCUAAAGUAAAUAACACUCAAUAUAUCGUUGAGAUAAAUGAUGAAGAAAAAGAAUUUGACUGUAUACCUCCUAAAUCUACACGACUAACACCUAGUCAUUUGGGAUCAUUCGUAUUAUCUCACAGUAAAAAAAUAAUGAAUAAUUUUAUUCAAUUAAUAGAUGGAUUUUAUAAGCCGGAAAUAUACUAUACAGAUACUGAUAGUUUAUACAUUUCAUCUAGCAAUUGGGAUAAAUUAAAUGAAGCUGGCCCAAAAGUCAAAUACAAUAUCAUUCUAACUUCUGACGGUAUUCUAAAAGAAAAGAAAACGUUAAAGGGAUACUCUAAUGAUAAGGUAGAUGUCGAAGAUUACUUUCAGUUAGCUAGCGGACAUGAUGUGACGAAUGAAUUUAACAAAAGAUGGGAAAAGAGGUUCACCAAUGGAAUAGUUAUUCCAAAGGAUGAUGAUACACAAAAGAAAGUUUUCAAAAGUUAUCUGAAUCUCGUUAAGAGAAAAGCACCAGAUGAUGAAGGAAUUAUGUAUCCUUACAAUGAUGGAAAAGAAUUGAACAUGGAUGACAACUACGAAUUUAAUGAUUAG